UUCAGGCCCGUUGGUUUCCUGUCUGAAAGCAUUAUUACUUUUGUCCAUGUGGCAAAAUAAUUAGCAUACAGAUGAGAAGGGAUCCUGCCUCUGAGCCUCAGUCGCAGGAGAAGAUGUGCAGUGGAAAGUUGAUUGGAUGAAUGGAGAACAAAUGGUGGGCGUUCAAAAGCAUUAGGAGAGUUUUGUUGUCGUGGAGCAGGUUUGUCAGUUUUCUGGGUGAAUCUCGUAAGAUGGAAGGCAGGGUGGCUGGUGCUGAGACGACUGCUUGACAGACUGUGGCCUACUUGAAGGUGCACGUUUGGACUGCAUGCAUAGAUAAUUCCUUUGGACUACUUUGUUUUGCAAUUCUGCGGCUUUCCCUUUCCUGUUCUUUCAAGAAAAUGAGUCUGGAAGAAAAUUGGUGAAUUCAAUCCAGAGGACCUACAAGCACUCUGACAGGCUCAGAGAGCAGAGUCUGUACCAAAGAGCAAUUACCCCACCAAACGAUUUCAGAUGGAGGUGGAUGCAGACGAGAAGCGCCAUCGCACACGCUCCAAAGGUGUUCGAGUUCCCGUGGAACCAGCCAUACAAGAGCUGUUCAGCUGUCCCACGCCUGGCUGUGAUGGCAGUGGUCAUGUUAGUGGCAAAUAUGCAAGACACAGAAGUGUUUAUGGCUGUCCAUUGGCAAAAAAAAGAAAAACACAAGAUAAACAACCCCAAGAACCAGCCCCCAAAAGAAAACCCUUUGUGGUUAAAGCAGACAACUCUUCAGUAGAUGAGUGCUAUGAAACUGAUGGAACAGAGGAGAUGGAUGAAAAGGAAGAGGAAGAAGAGGAAGAGGAUGAAGAGGAGGAGGAAUAUUCUGAUGAUAAUGAGGAGCAAGGUGACGAGGAGGAGGAUGAUGAGGAGAUAGAUCGAGAAGAAGAAGAGGAGAUUGAGGAGGAAGAGGAGGAGGAUGAAGAGGAAGGUGAAGAUGUGGAGGAUGAGGAGGAGGAGGAAGAAGAAGAGGAGGAAGAAGAGGAGGAGGAGGAAGAACGUGAAGACCAUCAAAUGAAUUGUCACAAUACUCGAAUAAUGCAAGACACAGAAAAAGACGAUAACAAUAAUGAUGAGUAUGAUAAUUACGAUGAACUGGUGGCCAAGUCAUUGUUAAAUCUUGGCAAAAUUGCAGAGGAUGCAGCAUACAGAGCCAGGACAGAAUCAGAAAUGAACAGCAAUACAUCUAAUAGUCUGGAAGAUGAUAGUGACAAAAAUGAAAAUAUCGGUCGAAAAAGUGAGCUGAGUUUAGAUUUAGACAGUGAUGUUGUUAGGGAAACAGUGGACUCCCUUAAAUUAUUAGCACAAGGACAUGGUGUAGUGCUUUCAGAAAAUAUUAAUGACAGAAAUUAUGCAGACAAUACUUCACAGCAAGACAAUAGGAAUAUGAACUUUGUAAUGCUAGGAAAGCCUGUGAACAAUGGACUUACAGAAAAAAUAGUGGAGGAGAGUGAUGAAGAGGUAUGUCUCAGCAGUUUGGAGUGCUUAAGGAACCAGUGUUUUGAUCUGGCUAGGAAACUCAGUGAGACAAACCCACAGGAAAGAAAUCAACAGCAAAACAUGAACACUCGUCAGCAUGUCAGGCAAGAAGAUGACUUCCAAGGAAGAACACCAGACCGGAAUUACUCUGAUAUGAUGAACCUAAUGAGGCUUGAAGAACAGUUGAGCCCCAGAUCUAGGACUUUUUCUAGCUGUGCCAAGGAGGAUGGUUGUCACGAAAGAGACGAUGAUACCACCUCUAUUACUUCAGAUAGGUCUGAAGAAGUGUUUGAUAUGACAAAAGGUAACUUAACCCUGCUUGAGAAAGCAAUUGCUUUGGAAACAGAGAGAGCAAAAGCCAUGAGAGAAAAAAUGGCAGUGGAAGCUGGAAGGAGGGAUAAUAUGAGAUCAUUUGAGGAACAGUCUCCAAGACACCUUUCUGGAGAUGACAGGAAGCCUAAACCAAGUGACGGCCAUGUCAAAAAGCCAUAUUAUGGUAAAGAUCCCUCAAGAACAGAAAAGAAAGAAAGCAAAUGUCCUACCCCUGGGUGUGAUGGAACUGGCCAUGUAACGGGGCUUUACCCCCAUCACCGCAGUUUGUCAGGAUGCCCACACAAAGAUAGGGUCCCUCCAGAAAUUCUUGCCAUGCAUGAAAAUGUUCUUAAGUGUCCUACACCAGGCUGCACAGGCCGGGGCCACGUAAAUAGCAACAGGAAUUCCCACCGAAGCCUCUCUGGAUGUCCUAUUGCUGCAGCAGAGAAACUGGCUAAAGCUCAAGAGAAGCAUCAGAACUGUGAUGUGUCAAAAUCAAACCAGGCAUCAGAUCGGGUUUUAAGGCCCAUGUGCUUUGUUAAGCAAUUGGAGAUCCCUCAGUAUGGCUACAGAAACAAUGUCCCCACCACCACACCCCGCUCCAACUUGGCCAAGGAACUAGAGAAAUACUCUAAGACUUCGUUUGAAUAUAACAGUUAUGACAACCAUGCCUAUGGCAAGAGAGCCAUAGCUCCCAAGGUGCAAUCCAGGGAUAUAUCCCCCAAAGGAUAUGAUGCUAAACGCUACUGUAAGAAUUCAAGUCCAACCAGCAGCACAACAAGCAGUUAUGCUCCUAGCAGCAGCAGCAAUAUGAGUUGUGGUGGAGGCAGCAGUGCCAGCAGUACCUGCAGCAAGAGCAGCUUUGACUAUACUCAUGACAUGGAGGCAGCACACAUGGCUGCUACUGCUAUUCUGAAUCUCUCCACCCGCUGCAGGGAGAUGCCUCAGAACCUCUCCACUAAGCCUCAGGAUCUCUGUGCAAGGAAUCCUGAUAUGGAAGUCGAUGAAAAUGGGACGUUGGAUCUGAGCAUGAACAAGCAGAGGCAGCGAGAUGGCUGCUGCACCAUUUUGACCCCACUGGAGCCAAUGUCCCCACAACGACAAGCCGUGAUGAACAACCGCUGUUACCAACUGAAUGAGGGUGACUGCUGGGACUUGCCAGUGGACUACACUAAAAUGAAGCCAAGUAGGAUAGAUGAAGAUGAUUCCAAAGAAAUUAAUCCGGAAGAUUUGGAUCCUUUCCAAGAGGCACUUGAAGAAAGAAGGUAUCCUGGUGAAGUUACAAUCCCAAGUCCUAAACCCAAAUACCCUCAAUGCAAAGAGAGCAAAAAGGAUUUAAUAACAUGUCCAACACCAGGGUGUGAUGGGAGUGGUCAUGUGACUGGUAAUUACGCCUCACAUAGAAGUUUAUCUGGCUGUCCCUUGGCUGACAAAAGCAUUCGGAGUAUGCUGGCCACAAGCUCACAAGAACUCAAGUGUCCCACUCCUGGGUGUGAUGGCUCUGGGCAUAUAACUGGAAAUUAUGCUUCUCAUCGAAGUCUUUCAGGCUGUCCACGAGCAAAGAAAAGUGGAAUCAGGAUAGCACAAAGUAAGGAAGACAAAGAAGACCAAGAGCCAAUUAGAUGUCCAGUUCCUGGCUGUGAUGGCCAGGGUCAUAUAACUGGAAAAUACGCGUCCCAUCGCAGUGCAUCAGGGUGUCCUCUUGCUGCCAAAAGGCAAAAGGAUGGGUACCUGAAUGGCUCACAGUUCUCGUGGAAGUCAGUGAAGACGGAAGGAAUGUCAUGUCCAACACCAGGAUGUGAUGGCUCAGGACAUGUCAGUGGUAGUUUUCUUACUCAUCGUAGUUUAUCAGGAUGCCCCAGAGCUACUUCAGCAAUGAAGAAAGCAAAGCUGUCCGGAGAACAAAUGCUAACAAUAAAGCAGCGAGCCAGUAAUGGUAUAGAAAAUGAUGAAGAAAUUAAACAGUUAGAUGAAGAAAUCAAAGAACUAAAUGAAUCCAACUCCCAGAUGGAAGCUGAUAUGAUUAAACUCAGAACUCAGGUAACAAUUACCACAAUGGAGAGCAACCUGAAGACGAUAGAAGAGGAGAACAAAGUAAUUGAACAGCAAAAUGAGUCUCUUCUUCAUGAAUUGGCCAAUUUAAGCCAGUCUUUAAUUCAUAGUCUAGCUAAUAUCCAGCUGCCACAUAUGGAACCAAUCAAUGAACAAAAUUUUGAUGCUUACGUGACCACUUUGACGGACAUGUAUACAAAUCAAGAUCGUUAUCAGAGUCCAGAAAAUAAAGCCCUACUGGAAAAUAUAAAGCAGGCUGUGAGAGGAAUUCAGGUCUGAACAGCUGCUAUAGUGAUGAAAAUCUUGCUUAAAAAAAGGAUGCCUCUUGUUUUUUGCUGCUGUAAUUUACCAGAAAGUGUUAUAUAUUUAUUUCUGUUUGAAACAGUGUUAUGCUUACAAGACUUCAUAAUGAUUUUAUGUCUUGCUUUAAAGAUAGUAACUGCAGAAUAGUUUUUUGAAUACAUUCACAUUUUGUACGUUUUCAUAUAAGCUGACAUAGUGUGAUAUGCCAUGUAAUGUUUAUAGCUGCUAAUGUAUGCACAUUUUUGGGGUAUAUAUAUUUCUGAAGAGGUAAGCUGAUCAAAAUAAAUAGAGUGUAAAUUCUUUUUAAUGCUUUAGUGAUUAAAUGUUUUAGUAUUUUGAACUGAAAUGGACAAAAAAAAAAACAGCUUUGAAUGACAAUGUUGCGGUCUGCAGCCACUUUUUAAACACUAUCAUUUUGCCUCAUGUUGGAGGAUUUUAUGGGAUUUAAGAAGUACAUUUUGUGUGCAUAUUGUUUCAUAGCAAGAAUUGGUUGCAAAAAUGCUUUAUUUUUGAACAAUGCUUGAAAAUAUUAUGUGACUUUUGUUUUUGAAGGAUGGUGUGUGGUGGGGGCAAUAAAAUGAGGUUUUUUGAAUUCCAAGAAAAUGGCAUGGAUUAGAUGUAAGUUACAAAAUGGGUAAUUUAUUGUAAGACAACAUCAAGCCAUGGAAACUUGACAGAAGAUUCAAAGCAGCUUAAACAGCACUUUUUAAUUAACUUCUAAGCAUUACAUGGUAUGAAUAUGGGAACUUCCAUUAUGAAAAGAACUAUAUCAGAGGUGGACAACGUGAAGAUUUCAGCUUUUGUUUUCCAAUAAACUUUGGAGCCAACAUUCUCUUAUU